GUUUUGUCCAGAAUAAAUAGUUUUGGUCGUUUAUACUAAUAUGGAUCAGGCAGAUCACAGUUCAAAUCAAGGAGUACGAGAAUCUGGCUCUACUCAGGAUAGCCAUCGUGAUGAGAAAGAGCGUAGUCGCGAUUCCAAAAGAAGUAGCUCGCGGCGACACGAUCGCAGUUCGUCUCGCCACCGAAGUCACAGAAGACACAGCAGAAGCAGAAGUCGCAGCCGUGACUCGCAUAGACGCAGCGGGCGUUCUCACAGUCACCGCGAUCAUCGCGACCGCGACCGUAGCCCACCCCAUAGAAGCAGAAACGAUUCUCGCCGCAGAGGAGACGAUGAAGGAAAUGAAGAAUCGCUGACUCGUGAUAUUCGCACAGUGUUUGUCUCGGACCUUCAAGUCAAGGUCGAUGAGAAGUGGCUUCGUCACUAUUUCGAGCAAGCCGGAACGGUCAAAUCGAUCAAGCUCAUCCGCGACCGGUACUCGAACCGUUCGAAAGGCAUGGGGUACAUCGAGAUGGCGACGCAGGAAGACGCCGCCAAAGCGCUCAUGCUGAACGGUCAGAAGAUGUGCACGAAGCACAAAGCGUGCAACUGCAGCGGUUUCCCGAUGAAGGUGAAGCGCAGCGAGGCGGAGAAGAACUGGUCGGCGAUGAAAGAGCGCGCGCCGCCGAAGAUCCAGCCCUCCACGAUCCGCGUCUGCAACCUCCACCCGCAGCUCACGCGUCCGAACCUCAUCGAGCUCUUCGAAGCGUUCGGCGAUGUGGACAACGUCACGAUGGAUCUCGACGAGCACAAGCAGUUCAAGGGCAGCGCCAACAUCAAGUUCCGCCGGCCUGAAAGCGCCUCGCGCGCCGCGACGCGCAUGGACGGACAGGUCUACUUCGACCGGAAGCUCAGCGUGCAGCUGCUGCAGCGCAGCGGGCGGAACUGGAAGUACGAGGACCGCGAGGACAACAUCAUUCUGGACCCCAGCCGCCGCUCGCUGAUGAUGCGGCACAUCGCGGAGAACAAGAACGACCCGACGCUUCUGGACACGAUGAACCAGGUGAAUAACCGCGGGCAGAUCGCUAAUCCGGCGGGGGCGGCGAAGCCGACGAUCGAAGGCAACGCGAGCAACUGCCUGGUGCUGCAUAACAUGUUCAACUCGGCGAUCGAGCAGGGCCCGCACUGGGAUAUCGACAUUCAGGAGGAUGUGCGGACGGAGUGCCAGAAAUAUGGGGCGAUUUUGCACUGUUUUGUGGAUAAGAACUCGAGCGGCGAUGUCUAUCUGAUGUUCGAUAAUAUGAAUAGCUGCCAGAAUGCGGCGAACGAUAUGAAUGGACGGUGGUACGAUGGAAGAGUGGUGCAGGUGUCCUAUAUGCCCAGCGGAGAGUAUGUGAAUCGAUUCCCUGAUACGCGUCGGGCCGCUUCCAUUGCCUAUGCGAAUAUGGCGAAUGCUAAUUGA